CACUCCCCGGCAUACAGCGAAUUGCCCGUCGCGGCGAACACAGCCGCGCCCAUCAUCUGCUUUUUCGGUGGACGGUGCCCCAACCUCGCCCCAGUCGCACUCGAAGCCGGGGUGAACUUGCAGCGCCAUCUCGAAUACUUCCACCAGCUCCAGAGGAACCGCAUGGGCAAGCUCGUCUGCGACUGGGUCGACGAAGGCAAGAAUAAGGACGGGAGUCCCACUGACAGGUGCGGGAAGGACGUCAAAGACGUGCUUCAGCUGGCCAAGCACGUCGCGACGGUGCACCUGCAGCUGUUCCAGGUCCAGUGCGAGGGCUGUGGGGAUUGGUUCUCGAGGCGGGACAGUUUGGAGAGGCACAAGAAUGAGGGGAGGUGCUCGCUUGGCUGAGCGCGCGUGUGUCUGUGUUCGUUCCAUGUAUAUGUUGUAUAUGCAUCGUCGGUCGUCAUUUAAUACGCGGUUGAAGACGUCCUCCUUCUGUGUGAGCUCCUCUCGUGUCUGGCGCCCCUCUAGGACGAUAUGACUUACGCAGCGAUACUACAUUAUCUAGUUGUACGCUAUUACUUUGCGUAUGGGUGGGACCCUAUUUGCG